ACAGAAAUAGAAACGCCCACUUCCUUCUUCGUGGUUAUAAAAAUAUACGCCAAAAAAGUGCCAGGAACUUAAUAAAUUAUAGAAGAAAGACGGUGUAUUCGUUUGGUAACUUGCAUUUUCAACCCCACCACGUACACAUCCGACUUGGCCUCCCUGACAGGCUCGGUUGUCCUUCCCAUGAUGCUCUCAGUGUUACUCCUGUAGCAUGAAUCUCAUCUACCCUUCCUGUACACUCGUGCUCACUUCUGUGUCUGUUUGCCUUAUUCACAAGCAACUGUAAAUACACACAAGAGGACGGGAAGAAAUCUGGGGAUAACGCUGCUACCCUGUCUAAAUAUUCGCAUUGUCCACGAAAGGAUUUUGAGAAAUACUCACCCUGAAGGAUGAAUACUAUCAAACAUGUGCCUGCGAGGGUACUGAACCGGAGGUCGGGACAUAGUUUGGAGGCAGAGAGAGAACAGUUUGACAAGCAGCAGGCUGCUAGCAUUAGCAAAGCUAUCACUGCUCAAGAAGCUCCUGUCAAAGAGAAACAUGCACGUAGAAUUAUUCUGGGAACACAUCAUGAAAAGGGUGCCUUUACUUUUUGGUCCUAUGCCAUUGGCCUGCCGUUAUCCAGCAGUCCUAUUCUUAGCUGGAAAUUCUGCCAUGUCCUGCACAAGGUACUGCGUGAUGGUCAUCGAAAUGUCCUUCAAGACUGCGUAAGACACAAGAGCAAUGUCCGAGAUACAGGCAACCUGUGGGGACAUAUGCAUGAUCGAUAUGGACAACUGGUCAAUGUCUACUCGCAACUUCUCUGUAACAAGAUGAGCUUUCAUGCAAAGCAUCCAGACUUCCCAGCAAACCUGGAGGUGACAGACGACGAGCUUGAAAAAGCAGCUGGCACAGAUGUGAAUAACGUCUUCCAGCUUACUGUUGAGAUGUUCGACUAUCAAGAUUGUGAGCUUAAGCUUGCUGAAUCUGUGUUUAAGCAGAUGAACACCUCCAUAGCUUUCUCCCAAACAUCAGCAGGUCAGUGUCGAUUGGCUCCACUGAUUCAGGUGAUCCAAGACUGCAGUCAUCUCUACCACUACUUGGUGAAACUCAUGUUCAAACUACAUUCAUGUCUUCCAGCCGAUACAUUAGAGGGUCACAGAGCUAGGUUUAAUGAACAGUUUCACAGUCUCAAAAACUUUUUUAACCGAACUCGUGACCUGCUGUACUUCAAGCGACUUAUUCAGAUUCCAAGACUGCCUGAGAGCCCACCAAAUUUUCUCAAGGCUUCUGCCCUGGCUGAGCAUGUCAAACCUGUAGUGGUCAUUCCUGAUGAGACACCUGAGGAUGAUGAGCCAGAAAGUCUGAUCGAGAUCAGUAAAGCUCCAGUGGUUGAACAGCAGCAAACACCUGAUAUAUUUGAUCAGACCUUUGGACCACCUAAUGGUUUUGUAAAGGAUGACAGGGAUUUUGAAAUUGAAAACUUAAAAAGAGAAAUUGAAAUACUUCGAGCAGAACUGGAGAAAGUUAAAUCUGAGGCACAGAGAUACAUCACACAACUUAGGACGCAAAUAAACAGCUUGGAGGCAGAACUUGAGGAGCAGCGCAAACAGAAGCAGAAAGCACUAGUCGAUAAUGAACAAUUACGAGAUGAGCUGGAAAAGCUACGGAAACAGAAAGUUGAAACUGAUAGCGUUCAGGCACGGGUCAUUGAAGCUGAAAAGAAAGCCCAAGCAACAGAUGUACGAUACAACAAACUGAAAGAAAAACACAGUGAGCUUAUUGGCACCCAUGCGGAACUGCUGCGAAAGAGUGCUGAUACUGCGAAACAGCUAACUGUGACACAACAGACGCAAGAAGAAGUUGAGAAUACAAAACAGCAGAUGCAGUUUGAGUUGGAUCAGAUUAAACGAGAGUCUGAAAUGAAGCUAGAAGAACAGACAGUUGAGAUGGAAGACCUGAAACGACAACUGGAAACAACCAAAGCAGAGCUAAUAAAUGUGCAGCAGUCUCUUAGUUUUUCUGAACAGUCGGGAUCCAACUUAAAUGCAAGAUUACAUGACCUUCAGAGUGCAAACAUCGAACUGGAGAAAGCAUUAGCAGAGAAGAAAACUGAGUUGUCGUCUGUCAGAAGUGUGUCCCAGGAUAAGGAGUCCUCUCUCCAACAGGACAAGGAGAAGAUCCAGAAAGAAGUUGAGGGGCUGCAGGCCAAACUGAGACAACAGGCUGAACGGGAACAAAACCUUCAGUACAAACAACUUGAUGACCAGUUUAAACUUCUUCAGGGUACAGUGACAGAAGCUGAGAACAUCAUUCAGGAUGCAUUAGCCAGACUGGAUGACCCACUGCAUAUACGUUGCACCAGCUCCCCAGAUUACCUCAUCAGUAGAGCACAAGCUGCUAUUGACUCGAUCGAUUUGCUACAGUGUGGUCACACGCAGUAUAUGAAGAACAAAUCAGAUGCUAGUGGUCUGAUUGCAGCCCUUGCUCAGUUUUCUCACUUGACAGCUGACACUGUUGUGAAUGGUAGUGCUACUUCGCACACAGCAGCUACAGACCAGGCUGACAGAUUAAUGGACUCCUGCAGAACUUGUGGAGAGCAGAGCUUGACUUACCUGAAGGGACUGAAGAAUAAGCAGACGUUAGCACAUUCUGACCCAUCUGCUGUGAGGAAGGCCAUUCUGGACAUCCUUGGUCUUGGAGAGGAACUGAGACCAAAGCUGAUGGAUGUGCGACAGGAAGAGCUGGGUGAUAUGGUUGACAAAGAAAUGGCAGCCACCUCUGCAGCCAUUGAGGAUGCUGUGAGAAGAAUUGAGGACAUGAUGAAACAAACAAGAAAGGAAAGUUCUGGAAUGAAACUUGAAGUAAAUGAACGAAUCUUGAAUUGCUGCACAGACCUGAUGAAGGCGAUUCGGUUGUUGGUAAUGGCUUCGACAGAUUUACAGAAGGAGAUAGUAGAAAGCUCAAGGGGUGCUGCAACACCUAAAGAAUUCUAUGCUAAGAACUCGAGGUGGACAGAAGGAUUGAUCUCUGCUUCAAAAGCAGUUGGAUGGGGAGCAACACAGCUUGUUGAAUCAGCAGAUAAAGUGGUCUUGCAUACUGGAAAAUAUGAGGAGCUAAUUGUGUGUUCCCAUGAGAUUGCUGCCAGCACAGCACAGCUUGUUGCUGCAUCCAAGGUCAAAGCAGAUAAAAACAGCAAUAACUUAACACGGCUGCAGCAGGCUUCCCGGCACGUGAAUGAAAUGACUGCCAAUGUAGUUGCUUCUACAAAGUCUGGGCAGGAUCAAAUUGAAGAGAAAGAUACGAUGGAUUUCUCUGGAAUGUCACUCAUCAAACUUAAGCGGCAGGAGAUGGAAACACAGGUGAAGGUACUAGAACUAGAAAGUAAACUGGAACAAGAGAGACUUCAUCUUGGGGAGCUGAGAAAGAAGCAUUAUGCAAUGGCUGGCAUAUAUGACGGAGUUACUGAUGAAGUAGAAAAAACAGUGUCUGCUCAAAAACCUGGCAUCUUAAAGAAACCACCACUAGCUCAGAAGCCUGCAGUCAUUCUGAAACAAGAUAAUCAGGAAAACAAGAACGAUGGAGUGUAUCGCGCACAUUUGUUCAGAAACUAACCGACCGCUUCCUGUAAUAACGUCACAGACUUAAGUAGCAAUAAAAUGAGCUGCUUGAAGGACUCCUGUUUUACCCCCCUUCCUUUUAUCAUGUUCCUGUCUUUGAAUCAAAACUUGCAAGAUGCAUUAUAUCAACAGACUGAAGUCAAGACCACAGUUAUAAAAACCUGUAAUAUGGUCUAAGCAAUAACUUGGUUAUGAUUACAUUCAUUGUUCUGGAAAAUGCACAAGAAGGGAUGUCAAGAUCGAACAUCAUGCAUUUUGAAGUAGGAUUAUGAACAUGACAAUAGAAACAGCGACUUGUUAAGGAGCAUGAUUUGUAUGUGUGUGUGUUCUCUCCACAACUGUAGCAAACACAUUAAAAAGGCAAUGCAACUACAAAGACCUCCUAAAAGAUAAGAGCACAAUGUAAGGUUUGUUCUCAUUUCUGCUGACUCUGUCAUUACUUUUUAACACUGUAAUUAUACUAGGAUAUUGUGCAAGUUUAAAGAACAUGUUAUAUAUAGCAGACGUUUUAAACAUACCUAAAUGGCUACUGUGUGUUAACUAUCUGUGCUUGUUUCUAUCUAGUAACUGUGAUUUCAUUGGCUCUUUGUAGAGCCAAUGAUUCUCCUUCUCACUGUGUAUUGGCUAACGGCAGACGGGUGGCAGGCCAUCACUGGCCUUGAGGUCAUUUUCUGUUACAUAUUAAAGGGAAUGGGCAGGGAGCUGGUCUACAUAAUGUCAAUUUUCCAUAAAAUAUAAAAACAUAAUUAAUUUCCAUACAUGCUCAUUGUGCAGGGAUCUGUGUAACUUCCUGUAAUGUAAAAUGUGUAACUUCCUGUAAUGUAAAAUGUUUUAACACUAAUUUAAAAUGAAUUUGCCCAUUGCCUGCGGUGCUUAUGGCAACCAUUGAUUCGAAGUAUACUCAUCAGCUUGAGAAAGCUGUGUGCUUUCUCAGUUAGACUGUAUUGCAUGUCUUUGAUCUAGCCACAAAUAGAUCUACGUCAUCCAACAUGGCAUGAAAAACUGUCUGCAUUCUGGAAUGAUGUGACUUGAGAUAAUAUGAGGCAUUCAUCGUGUGCUCAAAAUGGUCACUACUACAUGUAAGCACACAAAAGGACACUUAAGAGUUCAUGUUCUCUAACUUUAAUCACUUACCCAAACCAUGUAAGACUUACCGAUGCUUUCUAUAAGAAUGUAUAAUUUGCAGGUGAGGAAUAGGUUUUUAGCUUAAACACAAUACUGACUUAGAUUUCUAGUAAACUUCAAUAUUAAAAUUGCUGUUUUAAUGGUUCUUUAGAAAUAAUAAAUAUUGUAAUUUUAAAUUAUUUAAAUUUAAUUUUAUUUUCUUGCAUAAAGCUGUUUAAUUGUCUGUAAAGGACUGUAUGCGUAAUUGUGGCAUUCCUUUAAUAACAUUAUUAGCCCUGUCAGGACUUGACGUCUGUAUCCUUUCAUUGAAGAGUGAGAUUGUGAGGACAGUCACCUUGAUGUAGGUGAGUGUAAAGACCUUCUCCUGCGUGUAAGGUACACAGAAACACUGUUGUGCCUUUUUCUCUGUCACUCUCUUUACCAGAAACCAUUGCAGGUUGCCCAUUUUGUGCAUGGUUGACUGCACCGCAGCAUGCACCACCAGCAGGAGCAGGCUGCGAUAUUAUUAUACGCGCAUCCCAUAGUGAACAGCUGAUGGCUGUGCUGAGCCCUCUCUGAAGGCCUUAAGUGUCUACAACACAGGGCCUGGUGUAAACAUUAGGUUCUGAGUGGAACAAAAAGGUGAGGUGAUAGUGUUCUGUUUUCUAGGAAGCAGAUCUGUUCGCACCCAAAUGAUACAUCAUCUGUAUAGAUGCAGGAGGAGUGGCUAUUUGCUUUGUGGCACUUCAUAUCAAAAUUAAAUGAAUUCUACAGCAGCUUGGCACCUCUAGAUUUUAGCUAAUAGUACAGUAAAGGGAAAACCUUAUGGAUCUUCUCAGUAAAGGUUAAAUAAGGUUAACUGCUUAAUCCUUCUGAAUAUAUGUAGCGAGAGCAGUGGUUCAAAUGCGCUCUCUUCUACACUUAAUGCUGCUUGAAUUUUUGCAGGUAAUACCAAUUCCACGUGUGGCCUUUCAGUGACUGCUGAUUAGUGGCUUUGUUAUGUGACUGAGGCACAGUUAAGCAGAUUGUCUAACAGGCCUGUAACCCAGGCUGAAAAGUAAGUAGUAUGUACAGAUAUGUACACACAAGCACUUCCCAUGUUUCAGAAAAAAAAUAUACAAAGAAACAUUAUUGUUCACAGCAUGUAAACUGUUGGGACCUUCAAAACAUACUCUUGUAUGCUUUUGGAGCAUUCCAGUAACUUUAUAUGGCUUAUCCUCAAAUCAGUUUUAGUUAUGUCAUUUAGUAGUUCUGAAUUACUGAAUGGACUUUGAUGAAAAUAGUGCAGACACUUACUAUUAGACAAUUCCAUGGGGACCUACCAUGUGUAAAGUCAAAGAUUUUGUAAAUUUUUAAAGUCACGAUGAAUCUUUAAAUAAGUGGAACAAAACUGAAUCUGUGUAGUCUGUAUACAUUGUUGAUAAUGGGUAUAUGAUGUAUUUAAAAGGGUUGUAUUCUUUUUUUUCUAUAUUUUGUAGAACAAAUACCUUGGGUUUUAAGUAGCUACUGAUAAAUGAGCAAUAAAUGUUUACCAUUAA